CGGCGGCGGCGGCGGCGGUGGUGGCAGUUCGCGGCGAGGGUGACGGCUCCGAGGCCGAGUGGCGGUGCGGCGGAGACCUGGGUGCCUUCCUCCGUGUGAUCCCGGUGGAUUUUAUUGGACAGAGUUGGUUACACAUUAGGAUUCUGCAAGUGAUCAGCCUUUGUACCUUCUCCACAUCUGAAGAUGGUGAAGCUGGAUAUUCAUACUUUGGCCCAUCACCUUAAGCAGGAACGCUUAUAUGUGAACUCUGAGAAACAGCUCAUUCAGAGGCUCAAUGCAGAUGUACUUAAGACAGCUGAAAAGUUGUAUCGUACAGCAUGGAUUGCUAAGCAACAGAGAAUUAAUUUGGAUCGGCUUAUCAUAACCAGUGCUGAAGCUUCCCCUGCUGAAUGUUGCCAACAUGCCAAGAUUUUGGAAGAUACACAGUUUGUUGAUGGAUAUAAGCAACUGGGAUUUCAGGAGACCGCUUAUGGAGAAUUCUUGAGUCGGUUAAGGGAGAAUCCUCGUCUUAUUGCCUCCUCUUUGGUUGCUGGGGAGAAACUUAAUCAGGAGAACACACAAAGUGUUAUUUACACAGUUUUUACCUCCCUCUAUGGCAACUGCAUUAUGCAAGAAGAUGAAAGCUACCUCCUUCAGGUUUUGAGAUACUUGAUUGAAUUUGAACUUAAAGAAAGUGACAACCCCAGGCGACUUUUGAGGAGGGGAACUUGUGCCUUCAGCAUCUUAUUUAAACUUUUUUCUGAAGGACUGUUUUCCGCCAAACUUUUCCUCACAGCUACUUUACAUGAGCCAAUCAUGCAGCUGCUUGUUGAAGAUGAAGAUCACCUGGAAACAGAUCCAAACAAGCUAAUUGAUAGGUUCUCCCCAUUACAACAGGAAAAACUCUUUGGAGAGAAAGGCUCAGAGAGAUUCAAGCAAAAGGUUCAAGAGAUGGUGGAUUCCAAUGAGGCCAAACUGGUGGCUCUGGUGAACAAGUUUAUUGGUUAUCUCAAACAGAACACAUACUGCUUUCCACAUAGUUUGAGGUGGAUUGUGUCACAGAUGUACAAAACCCUCUCCUGUGUAGAUAGACUGGAAGUUGGGGAGGUCAGGGCAAUGUGUACUGAUCUCCUGUUGGCCUGCUUCAUUUGUCCUGCAGUUGUCAAUCCAGAACAGUAUGGAAUAAUUUCUGAUGCUCCUAUUAAUGAGGUGGCAAGAUUUAAUCUGAUGCAGGUUGGCCGCCUUUUACAGCAAUUGGCAAUGACCGGCUCUGAAGAGGGAGAUCCCCGGACAAAGAGCAGCCUUGGAAAAUUUGACAAAAGCUGUGUUGCUGCUUUUCUUGAUGUUGUGAUUGGGGGCCGUGCAGUGGAGACCCCUCCAAUGUCCUCCGUUAAUCUUCUGGAAGGAUUGAGCAGAACUGUGGUUUAUAUAACCUAUAGUCAGCUUAUUACUCUGGUGAAUUUUAUGAAGAGUGUGAUGUCUGGAGAUCAACUGAGAGAAGAUAGGAUGGCUCUUGACAAUUUAUUGGCAAACCUGCCCCAGGCAAAGCCAGGAAAAAGCAGCAGUUUGGAAAUGACUCCCUAUAAUACUCCUCAGCUGUCUCCAGCAACCACUCCAGCAAAUAAAAAGAAUCGAUUGCCUAUAGCAACUCGGAGUAGAAGCCGCACCAAUGUGCUAAUGGACUUGCAUAUGGACCAUGAAGGGUCAUCUCAAGAAACCAUCCAGGAAGUACAGCCAGAAGAGGUGUUGGUCAUUUCCUUAGGGACAGGUCCCCAACUCACUCCAGGGAUGAUGUCGGAAAAUGAGGUCCUAAACAUGCAACUUUCAGAUGGAGGACAAGGAGAUGUCCCUGUCGAUGAAAACAAACUCCACGGUAAACCUGAUAAAACCUUGCGCUUUUCCCUCUGCAGUGAUAAUCUGGAAGGAAUAUCUGAAGGUCCAUCAAAUCGCUCCAAUUCAGUAUCCUCUCUAGACUUGGAAGGAGAGUCUGUAUCAGAACUUGGAGCAGGACCUUCUGGAAGUAAUGGAGUUGAAGCUCUACAGUUAUUAGAGCAUGAGCAAGCUACAACACAAGAUAAUCUUGAUGAUAAGUUAAGGAAGUUUGAAAUACGUGACAUGAUGGGACUGACAGAUGACAGAGAUAUAUCAGAAACAGUGAGUGAGACCUGGAGUACAGAUGUCUUGGGAAGUGAUUUCGACCCUAACAUUGAUGAAGAUCGCUUACAAGAAAUUGCAGGUGCAGCAGCAGAGAACAUGUUAGGCAGUUUACUGUGCCUGCCAGGUUCAGGGUCAGUGCUUCUUGACCCCUGCACUGGUUCUACCAUAUCAGAGACAACAAGCGAAGCUUGGAGUGUAGAGGUAUUGCCAAGUGACUCAGAGGCCCCGGAUCUAAAGCAGGAGGAGCGUCUACAAGAGCUGGAGAGCUGUUCUGGACUAGGUAGCACAUCUGAUGAUACGGAUGUCAGGGAGGUCAGUUCCCGCCCCAGCACACCAGGCCUCAGUGUUGUGUCGGGCAUUAGUGCAACCUCUGAGGAUAUUCCCAAUAAGAUUGAAGACCUGAGAUCUGAGUGCAGCUCUGAUUUUGGGGGUAAAGAUUCUGUCACUAGUCCAGACAUGGAUGAAGUAACUCAUGGCCAGGUUUAUAUACUUCAGUCAAAAUAUGUAUUGCAACAGAUUGAAGCAGAAGCUCAUAGGAGAAUCCAGCUCUGUUCUAUUAAGCCUUACAUUAAAGGAAUUUGCGCCCACCAGCUGACCUCUCCUCCUUCUCAGUCAGAGUCUCUACUUGCCAUGUUUGAUCCACUGUCUUCACAUGAAGGGGCUUCUGCCGUGGUAAGGCCAAAGGUUCACUAUGCCAGGCCAUCGCAUCCACCACCAGAUCCCCCAAUCCUGGAAGGAGCUGUGGGAGGAAAUGAGGCCAGGUUGCCAAACUUUGGUUCCCAUGUUUUGACUCCAGCUGAAAUGGAGGCAUUCAAGCAAAGGCAUUCUUACCCUGAGAGAUUAGUUCGCAGCAGGAGCUCUGAUAUAGUAUCAUCUGUCCGGCGACCUAUGAGUGACCCCAGCUGGAACCGUCGUCCAGGGAAUGAAGAGCGAGAACUCCCUCCAGCCGCAGCCAUUGGUGCUACUUCUUUGGUGGCUGCACCUCAUUCAUCAUCUUCCUCCCCGAGUAAGGACUCCUCAAGAGGAGAGACUGAAGAACGCAAAGAUAGCGAUGAUGAGAAAUCAGACAGGAACAGACCUUGGUGGAGAAAACGUUUUGUUUCUGCCAUGCCUAAAGCUCCUAUACCAUUUAGAAAGAAAGAAAAACAAGAAAAAGACAAAGAUGAUGUGGGGCCUGACAGAUUCUCAACACUCACAGAUGAUCCCAGCCCUAGACUCAGUGCACAAGCUCAGGUCGCCGAGGAUAUUCUGGACAAAUACAGGAAUGCCAUUAAGCGAACCAGCCCCAGUGAAGGAGCAAUGGCAAACUAUGAAAGUACAGAGGUCAUGGGUGAUGGUGAGAGUGCACAUGACUCUCCUCGAGAGGAAACGCUGCAGAACAUCUCGGCCGAUGAUCUCCCGGACUCUGCGAGCCAGGCGGCCCACCCUCAGGAUUCUGCUUUCUCAUACAGAGAUGCAAAAAAGAAACUGAGGCUUGCUCUUUGCUCUGCGGAUUCUGUUGCUUUCCCAGUGCUAACCCAUUCAACAAGGAACGGUUUACCGGACCAUACAGACCCAGAGGACAAUGAAAUUGUAUGCUUCUUAAAAGUUCAAAUAGCUGAAGCAAUUAAUUUACAAGAUAAGAACUUAAUGGCUCAACUUCAAGAAACAAUGCGUUGCGUGUGCCGCUUUGAUAACAGAACUUGCAGGAAACUGCUGGCCUCUAUUGCCGAGGACUACAGGAAAAGGGCACCCUAUAUUGCUUAUCUCACUCGCUGCCGGCAAGGGCUGCAGACCACGCAGGCCCACCUGGAGAGGCUACUGCAGAGGGUGUUGCGGGACAAAGAGGUGGCCAACCGAUACUUCACCACUGUCUGUGUGAGGUUGCUGCUUGAGAGCAAAGAAAAGAAGAUCCGGGAAUUCAUUCACGACUUUCAGCAACUCACAGCAGCUGAUGAUAAAACUGCUCAGGUAGAAGAUUUUCUGCAGUUCCUUUAUGGUGCGAUGGCCCAGGAUGUCAUAUGGCAGAAUGCGAGUGAAGAGCAGCUUCAGGACGCUCAGCUGGCCAUCGAACGGAGUGUGAUGAAUCGGAUUUUCAAGCUUGCUUUCUACCCUAACCAGGAUGGGGACAUACUUCGUGACCAGGUUCUCCAUGAACAUAUUCAGAGAUUGUCUAAAGUAGUGACUGCAAAUCACAGAGCUCUUCAGAUACCAGAGGUUUAUCUUCGGGAGGCCCCAUGGCCAUCUGCACAGUCGGAAAUCAGGACAAUAAGUGCUUACAAGACCCCCCGCGACAAAGUGCAGUGCAUUCUGCGAAUGUGCUCCACCAUCAUGAACCUCCUGAGCCUAGCCAAUGAGGACUCCGUCCCUGGAGCAGAUGAUUUUGUCCCUGUUUUGGUAUUUGUGUUGAUAAAGGCAAAUCCGCCCUGCUUGCUGUCCACUGUCCAGUAUAUCAGUAGCUUUUAUGCCAACUGUCUGUCUGGGGAGGAAUCCUAUUGGUGGAUGCAGUUCACAGCAGCAGUGGAGUUCAUUAAAACUAUCGACGAUCGAAAGUGACCAAGACCAAGGCCCACCAAGGCCGCAAACUGUUAGGCGGGCAAACAGAUCUCUUAGAAAAUGUACCAGCUGCUUGGAAGGCUGAAGAUUGUUUUUGUAUAAUAUUGUACAGCAUUCAGACAUUUUAAAACAGAUCUUUACUAAACAGAUUAAUGAGCUAACAAGCAGGUUCUCUUUUCUUUGGGCUCUUUUCCUUUCUGUUGCGUAUUUGGUUAUUUUCUUGUCCCAAGUUAGAGAAUUAGUACUGCAAAAAGGGACCACAUUUUUCAGGUAUUUUGAAAUAUUAAAAAACAGAACAAAAUCUAGAAAAUUCCUAGAUCUCCAUUCAUGGAUACCCAUUCUUUCCUUUUAUUAAAAAAAAUAAGAACAGUACACCUCUUUUUAGAUGCUGUCUAAUCUUACAUGCAUCUAAUGGAAGGAGAAUACCAGUUGCACUGAGAAUUAUAAUGGUGGUGACAUUAGUGGCAUUAUCUAUAAAUACACUCACCUAGAUUGAAAAGCUAAGAAGGAAAUGUAAAUAUAAUAUAUAUUUAUAUUUGAUGUAAUAUGGACAUCUUCAGAUUCUAAUAAACAAGGAAUAUUGCUGAUAGUA